AUGACGAGUUGUACCAACAACUUUUCCCACAUAAGGCAAGCAUUGGAACCUUGCGUGUCUGAGGGGUUCAAUUCGGAUGAAGAUCCCAUCCUUCGAAAUGUUCUCAGUACGAAGUUGCUAGCAAACCUAAACAUUUUGAGGAAAAUGGCAGUGGAAAGCGAAUUAGGACUGCGAACAGAAAGACCGAGUGACCUCAAUAGUUACCGAAACAACUUCAACGAGCUAGAGUGUACAGCAUUGAUGGUUCGGUGUGUCUCUACUAAUGCUAUAAAAGAACAGUACGCACAGCAAACAGAGUUGUCAAGGAGGAAACGAUUAAGUGUUGACUUUGACUCAGAAAAAAUACCAGAAGAGCUCGAAAAAUCUGACAAUAGUCUCCAAUCUAGUACUGUUGGCAGCUCCUCUUGUCCUGAUGAUGAUGAAAGUCUUGGCGAUUUGAGAAACCGACUAUUGGGCAACAAACUUGAAAAUCAUGAGUCGGGUGCAGGGCUCAAUACCUCGAUGGAGAAGCAAAUGCAAGUGCAGGAUAACUUACAAGAAGAACUGAUCAACGAUAUGUCACAGUUAGUUUCAGGAUUGAGGAUGGGUGCGGAAGCGUUUCAGACGGCACUAAAUGAGGAUUCGACGAUCCUCAAAGCUACAGAGCUCGGCUUGCAAGCAACGUCGCGCAGCUUGACCAACCUCGGAGGCAAACUGAAAAAAUAUCAUAACUCCAAGGUAGGGCUGCUGUUUUAUCUUGGAUGCAUAUUAUUCAUGUUCCUCAGUCUCAUCGUCACGUAUUUGGUCAUAAAAAUAUUUCCUAAGAUGUGA